GAAAGUUUACAUUGAUGUAGAGGCGUCAGCAAAGAGCGUCGCGUCUGUUGAAAGUUACGCACAGUGAGAUGGUACGAUCGGUUGAAAUAAUUUUUAUAAUGGAAUUAAUUAUUUGUUAAUGACAUCACGACAUCGUCACGCAUUGAAAGUGAGCAGCUAUAUUACCGUGAGGGCGCACUAUUUAUUUCCGAAAGAGACAUGGGCUCGACGUUUGCAAAAUUGUUGAGAGACAAUUGCCGCCCCGACAUUUUAGCAGAUAAUGUACGGCAGCUUGUUGGAAAGAAAAGAAAACGAAGCGAAGAACCCGAACCUGAACUGAACGACCGAAUGCGGGCGCCCAAAAAGAAAAAGCUGAUGUGUACCCCAAAAUACAUUCACAAGGCCUUGUUCACUGAGGGAAAGGGGAGUGAUGUGACUGUGAAUGCAUUGGACAAACAGUGGAAACUGCACAAAAUAUAUCUUUCUCAAAGUCCGUACUUUGCAAGUAUGUUUUCGGGUGCAUGGAGAGAAGCUGAUGAAGAUACUGUGAACAUAAAAAUUGUUGAUCCAAAAAUAACAGUCAGUGCUUUACAGACAGUAUUUGGAUCUUUGUAUAUGGAUGAAACUACUUUGGAGCCUUCUGACAUUGUUUCCGUAGUAGCGGCAGCAACACUUUUCCAGUUAGAGGGCAUUAUUGAGAAGUGUGGUGAAGUUAUGCUGGAAACCAUGUGUGCUCAGACGGCUGUUGUUUACUAUGAGGCUGCUUGUGAGUAUGGCCUCAAUGUAGUGAAGGAGAAUGCAUUUAAAUUCAUUCUAAUUAGCCUCCUGUCACGUCUCAAUGAGUUCCCUGUUCAGAUAAAGGCAAUCAGCGAAGAACUGAUGACAAAACUUGUAAGAAGUAUAGAUCUUUUUGUGAUAUCAUCAGAACUUUCUCUGUAUCUCUUCCUGAGGAAGUGGUUGUACCUGCGGUUGAACAUUCCACCUGAUCCAAAUGUGCCAGAAGGAGUAUCUCAGCCUUGCCAUUAUUUUCAAAAUAUAAGAAAAGGUUUGUUACCCUUUCUGUUGACUGAGGAGGGGAAGAAAUAUGUGGAAACAUUCCAAUCAUUGAGGUUGCAACAUAUUAUUACUCAUUAUGCAGAUCUUGGAAUACUUGCAAAUGAUAAUAUAAUUCCACAAAACUGGUUAACACCAUUUUACCGCAUUCAGUGGAGUAAUGUCUUGCGCAUCAACCAAGGACUGGAUAAAGGACCAGAGGAGAUGAACAACCAAGAAUUUUGGGGAAGCUGCAUGCGUCUUGGACGCGUUGUGCCAGAGCCUAACAGUAUGUGGCGGUGGAUGGACUUCAACAAUGGACUAGAUCUUGUGUGGUCGUGUGAUGCCUUGUCUGUUAAAGUUAAAAGGUCACAUGAGACAGACAGUACAUUUCUGUUGAGCCAGGCACCGAGGCGGCACUUCAUGGUUAGGGUAAGAGUUGCCCAUUACGGUAACAAUGGGCAGCACCCAACAAUUGUCACCCAGUCAUCAGGAAUUAAAAAUAUUGCACUGUUUAAGAAUGAAGAGGUUGUAAUAAUGUGCCUUAGCAAGAAACUGAACUUCCCUCUAAUGGUAUCAGUGAACAUGAUUUCUGUGAAGCCUUCACAUGUCAUUCUGCCUAAUACUAUGGAGAACAAAAGUAUACAGUGUCCAGACAUGAUCUCUGAUGAUGCAGCACUAGACCAGGAUGUAGUGGAGAAUUUGAUGUCAGAGAGCUUAGAACAUAUUUAUACAUCUUCCUGUAUUACAAGCCGGGGAGAUGGGAUGUAAUGGUACGCAUAUCUUUGACAAAUAUAUAAAAGUAUUUACAUACAAUUUAAGCUCUCAGUGCUGCAAUUGAUUGCAUGAAGACAGAAAAAAAUGUUGUACAAGUACUGUGUUCCAGCUGUGAAACAGUUGCAGCAUUUUUCUAUUAUUACUAUUAUUGUUGUUGCUUGUAAGAAAAUUGUAAAAUAACACAAAAGCGUACUAAAAUAUAUUUAUUUAUUGUAGUUUGUGUGACUAAACUUCAUGUACCCAUUCUAUUUAUUUAACUCUUUAUUUUGUAUUUCAUAUUUAUUUGGGAACUAUAUAAUUGUGAAGAAUUGUGCUGUGUUACUAUUACUGUUUCACAACUGAAGUUACCUUUUUAUUAUUUAUUCCAAUGGAUAAUAUGGUGCUAGGUUCAAAAAAUGUUGUCACAUUUAUUUCUUUUUUCCAUUCAUAGAAUUGGCAUUUUGGCUGUAUUUAUCUGUUCAUAUGAGAAUUCCUUUGAAGGUUAAGAUUAUGGAAUCACUAUACAUGUCAUGUGUCUUAUGCUUAGAGAGAUAGGUAUUGUUUGACAAAUUUAGUUCCUUAAUAUAUCAAUGCAAUUACAAUGUUAAUUAGAUUGUGUACUUAUAUCCCCACUGAAAGUGUUACAGAGUCUUAGAAACACACUUAUCAUUUGCUGUCAAAUGUAUAUGUACAUAUUUACAUAGUCAUGGGAUCAUAUUCAUGUAUUUACUCAUGGAGCUUAUUGGUUUUAAAACUGUUUAACAUCUAGAUUAAGACUGUUUAACUUAAGACAUGGCAUAGCAUUCAUAUCUGGUGCUGUAUAGUAGACUAUGCUUUUUAAUUAAAUGUGCUGUUUGUUCAUAGUGAAAUGAAUGCUAUGUUAAAGGGACAAUUCCAAAAAUCAGAUUUUGGAGAGAGUGUCUGAUACAAAGAGUUUUACAUCAACUUUACAGAGACUGAGUGUAUAUUGUCAUCAUUCCAUGUACGUGACAUCACAUUGAAAUUGUAUAUCUCUAUGCUUAGUGCAUGCAUGCUAAAAUAGUGGAAUAGCCAUUUGAACAUAUUAUAUGCAUGAAAUGCACACAAAAAAACUGGGCAAGAAACUUUCAUGUUAUUUAUUUACUGAUAUUUAUUUGAUAUUUAUAGAACAAAGUGACAUACCUCAUUUUUUGGCAAAUGUAAUUAUUGAAUUAAAUAAUGUUGAGAGAUUUAUCAUACCAUAAGAACUGCCUGUGAUUAUUCAUCUCACUGUCUUGUGAUCCUCUCCUCUCUGCCCCUUUCUAAUUUAUGACUGUUGGCAAUUAUGCUUAAUCAGUGAGCACUUCAUUAUGCCCUUUACAUUUUGAGCAAAUCUAUGGCAGGGCAAAGCACAUAUUGUUAAUUACAUCCAGUUGUUAAAAGGAACGUAUCAUACAUCUCUU